UUAGUUUUUAAGAUGGCGACGUAAACGAAUGUAUCAUCAUUAUUCAUCAGGCAGGAAAUUGAACAUUGAUAGAUUGGCUGGCGAUUUUGUUCUUUUAAAACACUAGUGUUUACUCAAGUCCACACAAAAUAAGGUUGUCAUGGACACUCAGAGAUCUCCACACACAAAAGUAUUUAUUCAGCGUGAUUUUUCUGAGGGUAUACCUGUUAAAUUUCAAACUAGAUAUCCUCCAGAGUUAGAAGGAAGGGUUGACAGAAGCACUUAUGAAACGACCAUAAAUACAAUUAAUGAAAUGUUUGCUGAAGCUGAAAGUCUAGGAUCUCGGACAUAUUGUGAAAGCUGCUUUGCUUGCUUGACAGGGUACAUUGCUCUUAUGUGCAUGGACACUUACUAUGAAAAAACACUUAAAAAAGUUCGGCGAUAUCUGGAGGAACAAAAUCAGACAAUAUACACUUCUCGAGGUGUUACACUCAUAGACCCAGCAGAACGAGGCUUGCGAAUACUUGAAAUCGACAUUUCAAGUAUAGACACACCACAGCGAUGAUCGGUGUCAAAAUUGUACUCAAGAGCUGGAAAUUGUGUAAUCUUUCAUGCUAUGCUUGUCAAAAAGUUGUGAUGCUGAUCAGUAAGACAAAUACAGUAUAAAAAGAAUAUUAUAAUGAUAAAAUGACGUCAAUUCUGAUUCAAAUAGUUAACAUAAGUUUGGCCAUUUUCAGUGUAUUUCGCAAGCAGUAUACUGUCUUCUGUAAUCAUUUUAUUUUAAAAUAAAUCUUUGCAGAUAUAUUUACUUAAAUGUUUUUUUUUUGCAUUUUCCAAGCACCAGAUAACUAUUUUUUCCAAUGUUGACAUUUUUUUUUAUAAAUAUGUUAAUAUCAUUUAAUAGUUAAUUAUUUGUGUGAUUUGAAUUUUAUAUGGCACAAAUGUGACAAGAACUUAAAAUGGUAAACAGUGUAAAAAUUUAUAGUUUUCAAGAAAAAUGCGAUCAAAUAAUAUCAAUAUGGACUGUAUUUUUCUUCAGUGCCAUAACAAAUUGUAUUGGUUCUAAGAUCAUUUUAGAAUAUACUCAAUUCUUAUGUGUUUUAAUACAAAAGAUGACUGGGUG